GUGCUGCUGCAAUGACUAUCUGGCCAUCAGAAUAUUUAGGCCAAGAUAUUUUUCCCAGUUUGAGACACUUCCUGAAAAUUUUGGAUGUGAUGUCACAGUGGGACACAGCAUUGAAUCCAGACCUCCUGGCCCAGAGCUUGCUAGAGGUACCUUUAAGCCCAAAGAUUCGCACGCUCAAUCUUCACUGUAAUCAAAUCACCAGAAUUGAAGCCCUUGGCCAAUUGCAGCAGUUGCAACACCUUGAUAUCUCCUCCAAUCGGAUUACGCGUAUUGAAGGAUUGGACAGAUUGGUGGCCUUACACACACUAAAUCUAUCUUGUAACUUUAUAACCAAAGUAGAAGGACUUAAUGGACUUAUCAAUUUAACGAGAUUGAAUUUAUCAUACAAUCGUAUUACUGACUUAAGUGGACCCAACCAGCAGAUCAGUACUCCUGCUGCUGAACCACUGAUGGUGAACAUUUUGCGUCCUGGUGCAGUAGUAGUGUCCGCUGAGCCCGGAGGUCUUGUUUCCAGUUGUGAAUCUGGAGUCACAUGUAGGGAAGAUGUUUCAGGGGUACCACCCGUGAUCACUCCAAGGAUUGAUCAGGUACUUGCUCAAUAUCGUCUGCGUUCUGUGGGAACUGAUCCUGCAGCACCAAUGUCUGUCACAGACUCCAGUUCAUCACUGGAAGUGGAGCAAUACAGGAGUCACAACACUGUCAACGCAUUCAAUGAAAUAAGAAUAAAGAAACUGGAAAAACAGAUUUCUCAGUUAUUGCAACAGGUUCCAACUUCUUCCAAUGCUGUAAAAGCAAAGCGAGACAUUGAUUAUACCUCUGAGAGUGAAACUGAGAGCUGUAAAGAAAAUUGCAAAAAAGAAACCAGACGAACAAAGACUGAAACCUCCAAACAACGAAGUGCCAGACAGAUGAAAAUCAAAAAAUCUGACAGAAACAAGCAGCCUUGCCUACGAAAAUUGAAAUUGUCUAACAACCAACCCAGAGGUGAAGACUUCUCCAGCAGUUCACCUGUGGAAUCUGCUGAGCUCCAAAUAAUAGGAUGCACACCCAGUAAUAUGUCAGCCAUGCAAAAACCUCAACACAAAUCACAAGACAGCAAGAAAACGAGUACAACUGAGGAGUCCACAUAUAGGGUCCUUAUUCAAGAGUUGGACCAAGAAAGAGAGAUGAGAUGGAAAGCAGAGCAAACUAUGAAACAGUUGAUAGACCACACAAAAGAACUGCAAAAUCAAGCAAAUGAGAAAAGGGAUUUUCAUGACAUGGCUGUACAUACCACAGACAGGUUAAAAGAGUUGCUAAUGAACGAGAAAGAAGCCAGAAACCAAUUACAAGCUUAUAUUGCAGAGUUGAAGAAGAAAAUAGGGAUGCUUACAGAGGAAUUAAGAAAGUCAAAGACUACAGAAGAUGAUCAACGCAAGCUCCUGAAAUCACAUGAAGAAACAAUUCUGAAGUCAGACUCGCAAAGGCUGCAGCAACAAGCUAUAGAGAUGAAACGAAUUCAAGAAGCAGAGCUAAAAGCCUCUGCAGCUCAAAGAGAAGGAGAGUUACUGCAGAUUUCCCUCAAACAGCAGAAAGAAAAGGUUCAAGAGCUCCAGGAGCUUCUCGCCUCCAGAGAACAAGUGCACAGGAAAGAAGUGGAAUCUAGAGUUACUUUGAGUGGACCAGAAUUUCAAGCUGCUUUGUCCAGAGAGGUGGCAAAAGAAGAGGAGAAAUAUGCUCAGCGAUUGAAAGGGUAUCAAGAAAAAAUUGACCUACUAAAUCAGCAGUAUGUGUCUUUGGAGGAUGAAUUUCGCAUGGCUCUGACCAUCGAAGCAAACCGAUUUAAAGAGGUAAAAAGUGGGUUUGAUCAUGUGACAGCAGACCUAGCAAACACGAAGCAGGUCCUUGCUCAGACACAGCAGAAGGAAAAACAGUCAGGAACUUUGGUUCAGGAACUAACCACCAUGGUGAAAGAGCAGAAAGCUAAGAUAGCAGAACUGGCAAAAUCCAAGCAGGAAACUAUUUCAGAGCUGAAGAGCCGGUUGAGGGCACUGGAACACAUAGCUGAGGAAGAGAAGAAAAAAACAGUUCAGAUUGAACUACUUAAGCAGGAGAAGUCUAGACUGAUUUCACAGCUAACUGCACAGGAGUCUGUGAUUGAUGGCAUGCGGGCUGAGAAAAGGAUAUGGGGACAGGAGUUAGCACACCAAGGCAGUUCUUUGGCUCAAGACAGAGGAAGGCUCCAAGCAAGGAUUGAAACGUUAACGUCAGAGAUGGAGUUUCUGAAAAAACAAAAUGAACAGGAUAUGAAUACUUUGAAAAUAAAAACAAAGGUCGUAGAUGAUCAAACAGAAACUAUUCGAAAACUUAAAGAAGGUUUACAAGAGAGAGAUGAACAGAUGAGAAAAGUACGUGAGGAAAAUCUGCAGGAUAAAAGAGCCUUCAAUGAGCAAUUACGGGAUGAAACUGCAGUAUCUCAAGAUCUUCGAGAAAAAGUGGAGAGACUUGUAGAACGCAAAAGAGAACUAAAGCUGCAACUUGAAGAAAAAGAAGCUGAGUUGGAGAAAACAAAAAUGGCCUUUAGUGUUGCUAAUAAGAAAUGGCAAGACAAAGCUGAAAUACUGACAAAGCUGGAAACGCAGGUCAAACAGAUGAAAGAAACCUUUGAUGCCAAAGAAAAAAAACUUGUUGAAGAGAGAGACAAAGCCUUGCAAGCUAAGAAGGCUGCAGCAGAAAAAAUUCAUUCCAUGGAUGAUGCAUUCAGGCACCAGCUUGAGACCAUAAGGGUAGCUCAACAGGCUGAACUUGCACAAUUGACCAAUGAAAAGCAAAAGGAAAUUGAAGCAGCAAAAGAAAAGGUCUAUGAAGUGGAGGAAGAAAUGCGCCAGCUUCUCCAAGAAACAGCAAAUGCCAAAAAAUCCAUGGAGGAAAAGAUUCGGAAGCUGACCAGUGCCCUCAAUGAUAUUAAAGAGGAAUUGUGAGGCUACAACAGACAAGAAUCCAAUAAUAAAAUCCAAGUUACUAAA